AUGGUUGAAACUACUUCUGCACAAGCACCUCCGCAUCAUCCCAGCGAUGGGCAACCUCCCCAUUCACCUCCGGCCUCUCCCAACUGCGACCUGGCUCCAGACGACGAUGAAGAAAGCCCUACCGAUAUACCUAUUGAUUGGGAACCGCUGAAGUCUCAUCCAUACAUUGGUGACCUCUAUAAGGUUCCCAGUCAUCGACUGGUGCCUGCUGACGCGGUGGGACAAGUGUAUGUGCUGGUCGCUACUCUUAAUAAGGAGACGUUUCGGAAGCUUCAGAAUAUGGAGAGUACUUUUGUGGCUCCAACCACAGCCAGCGACAUACCAGAGUUUUUCCAUUGCCUCGACCCGCUCACUGACGAAGGAGUGAUCUUGAGAGAGAGGGGUGGAAAUGGAUCCGAAGAUCGAUGGCUCACGUACUGUAAUGGACCCAACAAUUAUGGGUCUGACUUGCUUGCGAGAGCGCAGAAAGUCACGACUGACAUUACUGGCCCAAAGGAUGCCGUUGAACCGGGUCCCAAAGGGACGGCGUUUGAGAGACAAGGCCGCGCCAUACGAUUGGCCACCGGUCCUCGUUGUUACUCUUUGGGCGUAACUGACCAGACCCAACGGUCUCUUGAAGGUCCGGCAGCCGGGGGGAAAGUAUUCAAUCAUUAUAUGGCAGAGCCUGCCCUGCAAACACAUACCGAUAUCUUAAGUCUGGGGGCGGAGUUGGCUGUGCAUGGUAUUAAACGAUUUGAACCUGAUAUCUAUGCAAAGCACGCAGUACAGUCUGAUCUUGUCAAUGCUCCUCACGUCGGUCAUGACUCCAACGUCAUGUUCGCUCGUGCGCAGCUCAACCUUGCCAGCCCCAACGACAAGGACUGCGAAGAUGUUGAUCACCCUUUUGAGGUAGGGGAAUCCAGCUCAGAUGAAUCGGACGGAUCCCCUUCUGAGGAUGACCAGUUGCCUGCUCCUUUACCGCAGCCACAAAUGUCAGACGAGGAUUCACUGUCAGACAGGGAUUCAAGUCGACAUGCGUCGUUCAAUACCCGACGUAGCAAACGUCUCCGGAAAGACUCGAAUCAGCCUUCCACAAGUACUAAGCGUCGACGGCUUCAGGAUUCCACCUCCAGAGGAGGAGGUGGAAAGGGAGGGGGGGUUAGAGAAACACCCGCCAAACCGGCCAAGAAGGGGUUGGCGAAAAGCUUAGGCCGCUUCGGCGCACCACAUAACGAUCCGAGGGACAGCCCCACCACCAAAUCUGCGUUGACUUCGCUUUCACCACCCUGCGCAGAUGUUGAACCAGACUACUUUCUCAUCGUCGAGAUUGGGAUUGCCUGGCGAAUACGUGGUUACACAACAACCUUCUUUUCUGGAUUGUAUCUACACACCGGGAUGUCUCCCGGAUACAUUGCCAGUGGAAAGGAAGAGGGGUCCGCCGAACAUGUUCGGAUCAACUUAGUGUUGUACCCUGUACGAGCCCAGUUGGAAGGCAGCUCGUCACAGGCUCUUUUUGCUCUACCAAAGCCUGUCAUCAAUAACAUUGCCGUCGUUACGCAAGAGAUGAGAAAGCCGUGGGCAACAACCACUGCAAAUGUCUUUUGCAAUUCGACGACACUUUCGACUGACGGGAUAGCAUACAUGGAUCCAGAAUCAUUGUUGCGUCAAGUCAGUCGAUCGAUAUACCACUAUUCCCUUGCGAUUCUGCAACAAGUGCCAGUACAAUUGCUUCCUCGCAUUGACCCAGAGAUGUUCCUACAGUCUAUCAGCUUCCGUAUUGGCAACGAACGUGUGGCAGCAGAUGCGAACUGGACCUAUGGGCCAUGCUGGUCGGGGGAAGAUGUUACUCCAGGCAUCAAACCCGCUUACAGCGAUGGCCACUUGCCGACAACGCCUGAGGCCUGGGCGGCUCUCUUCAACUCGGACACGCCAACCCACAUUCCUUUCGGCAACCAGAAUAUACCUCGUGCGGUGGAUGAGUGGGAGGCUUUAAGGCGUGAGGUUGGUUCCACAAUUCCUUACUGGGCUCUGAAGGAACAGAAAGCAUCAGCAGAUCAAGAAAAGGCUGCUGCCAAUGGUCAAAGGAAGGGCAAGAAGAAGGUUGUUGAACCAAUAGACAUCAAUAUGGCGUUUGCCAGAGGACGUCCAACCUCAAAAAUAUCUACAUCUCGUCGCAAGCCUUGUGUCAGAAAAUCCACCCAUGAUCGAAGAGAACUGGAAGAGGACUUAAAUGGAGGGAAUGAAGGCGGACGCAGACGUGGCCAGGACCAUGCCAGAAGAAACGAGAACAAUGCUGGUGAUGGGGUCAAUGCAAACAUAGCAAACAUACCAGGUCAAGUCGGUGAAGGUGGUGGGGACGAGGGUGGGAUCAACGGUGAGGAUGAGCAGGGCACUGAUGGGUUGGGUAAUGGUGACUUUAUUGGGGGUUCCGCUCUUGUUCCAGGACGUGGACAAAGUGCCAUGAUGGAAACUGAUCCUGAAAAUCCCGAGCCAAAUACCGUUGCAACAUCUGUCUACACCCAGAAUAUGUGGAUGAGACGCAGUGAACCUGAGCAGUUGUCUGCCCUUGCACCAACCGCCUCCUACCCACUUCCAUUGGAGACCGUUUCAUGCAGCGAAUUCAUAGAGUGCUUGUCCCCUCAGCAACUGCAGUACGAUCUUGAUAGCAAACUACGACUUACAUCACAAUUAUCGCCAGACCAUCCUUCUAAUCUCGAUGACUGCCUACCCAGGCCCGAUGCGUCUAUCAAGGCGUUGACUGCUUCAUAUCACUCGCUCCUCACUCUUGAUGUACAUGUUCAGCUCAUGCGGAAUGUUAUCCAUUUCAAUGUGAUGCUCAUAAAUGUGAUGGUCUGUGAGUGGAUUUCUGAUACAAUCAGAGGUCUCUUGGAGCCCGAUUCACCUUUUGACCGUCUGUAUCAGCAUGUUCAGCUCUGGGUGGAGACUCAGACAGCACAGGGUGCAGUCUUGCACCCUAGUGAUUACUUUCCAGAUAUGGGCUUUGAUGCAGAAAGUGCAGAGGAAGUGGAUCUGCGUCAGUUCUAUCCUCGGACUAAACGUUACGCACUUGCUGCUCACCACUUGGCCAUCAGAGUCGUUCUCCGUUGGAUUCAUUGGCCCAUCAGUUCAUACCGUGUUUCCAUGCAUCGCGCUCAUUUCACUCGCCUGCUUUUGGACCAUGUUGACGCCUCUGUUCUUUGGCUGGAAGGGACCUACCAUGCAUGGACGAACCUUGACAAAGUUGUGGAUGCCCCUGUUACUGUGGAGUCAUUGUCCAGAUGGGCAGUCUCGGUUCUUGCUCCACAUAACAUCUGCCUGGGAUGUUCAGAGGAGAAGGUUCUUCUUCAACGAAUAAACUUGCUAAUGACUUCACGUGCACUCCGUUCCACCAUUUAUAAUUCCUCGGUACAAGCGUCACUUGUCAGUGUGGAAGAGUCAGUGGGACGUGUCCACACAUUGUGCAGUGACGAUCUGUUUAGUGCCACCGAUGCCAUCAUUGACAAGUUGCGAUUGGAUCGUUACUACUGCAAGUUAUAUGCACUACUUCCUUUAACGUCCCCGCCUUAUCUGGGGAUUGCCCAUAUUGUCAAAGUGGUAGAGGACCAACCCUUUUCGGAGUGGAUAAAGUUUGUGCAGUAUGUUGCAGAAGAUGCAGACAAACGCCUACCUUUCCGUGACCUUGCGCCUUCACGACAGCGUAUCCUUUCCUCCUCCUCUAUAUUUUCCAGCCCAUAUCAGGAGCCACAUCUCAGGACUAAGGAAGGCUUCUUCAGUGCCUUGAUCUAUCGUGGUGUCACCCACAAUACUCGCUUCCUCUUGUCUGAGGAGUACCCGGGAGUUUUCUAUGAUCUGGAUCACUGGCUUUCUGUGUACACUCCUUUGCAGCCACUGCAUCCACAGCAAUACUUUUGCAACAUGCAAGCAUAUUUCACAGCUUGCUCUUCUCGCUCAGUGGAGAAUAUCUCAAAGUAUUGGAGAGCUGUUCAGCGUUCUGAACUUACAGAUUGGCUCACUGGACACAAUGUCCAGUUUGGCACAGUGUAUCGCUUACUGCUCAAGGCUACCAUUCCCUCUGGAAUAAAGAGUAAGAGUAGGCAUCGCAUCAAAGCAUUCCCUGGGAUGGGUUACCUUUCCAUCUAUCUUCUUUGUGCUGAUUAUGCAGCAGCGGGGGUUAUUGCCAUGCCCACCUUUGAUGAAUUGGCCACAGUCUUGCUUGAUGUGAGUGGUGGUGCUUUGAAGGGUCUUCGAAACUUGGGAUUCCAUUGUGAGAGUGUGGAGAAGACAUCUGCAGCACUGUCUGCUGUGGAUCGAGUGCUACGGGACUUGUUUAGGGACACUGAGUUGGCACAGAUGAACUACAAUCUGUUAACCUUGGAGCACUCUCUGUGUAAGGAUGGUGUUCUUGAAGGCUCUGUUUUUAAUGCACUUUAUGGCCGUUUUGUAAAGUUGCAUGGUUCAGCAGAACAUCGUUGGUAUUAA